CGUCAAAAGUAGGUUGUUCAUUAGGUACAUUUUAGAAUAACUUCCACCAUUUGCGAUUAUUCUAACAUGGCCGCAUGUUAGUUACUGAUUUUUCUUUAUUGUUUGCCAACGUUUGUUAAAGAUUUAGUAGUGGUGUUUUAAAAUAAAUUUAGAUUGAUCUUAACGGAUAAUCAUAAUUGAAAAGGAUUUAGUAUAGACAUAUACAGAUAAUUUUUGGAAUAAGUUAUACCGGUCUUGGUCUUGUUGAUCUCCUCCCUAUUGAGGUGAAUUGUCAACUAUAGGUAUUUCUAAUUUCCUACUUUUGAUUAUUUCUCAAAUUGAAUGAUGUUGCAAGAACAUCAUCAUAUAUCCCAAAAUGGAAUGCAAAGGAAUGCCAGAAUGGGGAUGCAACAAAUGGGGCCACCACCCAAUCAAAGAAUGCUCAUGAGUAUGCCAGCUACUGGUGUUUUGGUUUCUAUGCCUCCUGGGCCUGGACCAACUUUGAUAACGACAACAUCCAUUCCCCAGCAACCACAACAACCUAAGGCAAGUAUGCAACAGCAAGUCUAUCACUAUGAAAACACUGGCCAACCGACAGAAGUAGAUCAACACAGUACAGAACAUCAGAACUGUUCAAACACUAAUACUUUGUCUACGCCCAACUCUACUUUGGCAAACAUAAAAGAAAAAACACCAAUGUGUUUGGUAAAUGAAUUAGCAAGAUACAACAAAAUUCAACACCAGUAUAGACUCACUGGGGAACAAGGACCUGCCCAUAAGAAAAUAUUCACAGUUACCUUGAAACUCGGUAAUGAAGAAUAUGAAGCAGAGGGGCCCAGUAUCAAAAAAGCCCAGCAUUCAGCUGCCGCUCAAGCUCUAGCUAAAACUGAAUUCAAGCAUCCACCACCAAAAACGGUAAGAAAUCGUCCAGGAAAUCGACCAACUAAUCCGGGAGUUGUUACUCCAACUGUUGAACUCAAUGCUCUUGCUAUGAAGAGGGGGGAACGCACUGUAUACGUUGUUGAAAAUGGGGGUGCCCCACCACAUCAGGGAUACUUAAGUCAGCCUGGCUACUAUCCUCGUCAUAACUUAUACAACGCCCAAACACAACCUCAACGUUAUGGCUAUGAUGCUCGUCGUAAUAUUAGAGGUCAUUAUCCGUACCAUGAUAAUCGUUAUUAUGGGCAGUUUAGACCCGGAGCACCUCAUAACCCAGGAGAUCCAUUUACGGUUCGCUUGAGAGUUGGAGAACGAGAAUAUCCUGGACAAGGAUAUACUGUUCAAGCUGCAAGACACGAUGCCGCUUCUAAAGCUAUCGAGCACAUCAAACAACUAGGUGAUCAAGAACAAAGUGAGGGUACAAUGUCUCCUGAUUCUACCCAACAAAUCUCUAAUGAAUCAGUUCAACAAGGCAGUGCUGUAAGUGACAUCAAUUCUGAUCUGAAAUCCCCAAUUUCACUUGUCUACGAAAUUGCUUUGAAAAGAAACUUAAAUGUUCUUUUUGAAGUUUUGAGCGAGAAGGGACCCCCACAUAUGAAGGUAUUCAUUACGCAGUGUCGCGUAGGCACCUUCGUAGCAGAAGGCGAGGGCAACGGGAAGAAAAUAUCAAAGAAACGUGCUGCUGAGAAAAUGUUGGAAGAGCUAUCAAAACUUCCUCCCUUGCCCAACGUUAUCAAUAUUGCGCAAUUAAAGAGAAAACGAGUUACAAACAAAAAGAAGACUCGCAACUUGAUUAAAGUAAAUACAGACAAAUCUACUGAAGUUGUUGAAGAAAUAAACCCUAUAUCUCGUUUGAUUCAAAUUCAACAAGCCAAUAAAGAACGAGAACCUGUUUACACAGUAUUAGAAGAACGUGGAACUCCAAGGCGCAGAGAGUUUGUUAUUGAAGCUUCUGUCAAUGGACACUCAUGCACUGGAGUUGGUCCCAACAAGAAGGUUGCUAAACGCAAUGCUGCAGAAGCUCUUCUUAUGGAACUUGGUUACAACAACACCACAAAUACAAACAAACCCAUGAUUAAAGAUAAAGAUGACGUUACAAAUAUGCAUUCAAGCAUGGAUAAAAAUCGUAAGGUAACUUUUGUUGAGGAAGUUCCAGAAGUUCAACCAACCCAAUCUAUUGGUGGCAGUGGCGGUAGACAGUUGGUGCCGGGGGUUCUAUUGGUGACAGAACAAGCUGGAUUCCAAAAACAAAAAGAUAAUAUGGAGAAGCCUAUACAAUCUCAACAACCUCAAAUAAAAUCUCCAUCUAAUAUAAUUCAAGGUGUACGUUCGAAGGAUAAGCUGCUUUACUUAGCUCAGUUGAUGAAUAUUCAAGUUCAGUUCUCAGAUUUUCCAAAAGCUAAUCAUGAGAUGUUUUUGACUUUGGUUUCUCUGAGCACUAAUCCACCUCAAGUAUGCCAUGGAGAAGGUCCAACAACUGAAACUUCACAUGAAAAAGCUGCUUUAGAGGCUCUGAAGGUACUUUCUGAAUUGGGUCUCGACAUCGCACCUAAAGACGUUUCUGGUGGACCCGCUGGGAAUGAUAGUGCUCCCCCAGUGGUGUCCAACAAAGGGCCGGUGCACCAAAACGGCGUGAAGAAGUAAACUUUGAACUCAACGUAAACUGUACCAAUGGCCCCCCCUUUUAGAAUUGCAUCUCCCUUGUUGAUAGCUUUUUUCAGUCAUUGGUACAGAACAUUUAUACAUGAGUUCCAUGUGGCCAUGUAAAAAUUAGCAUACUUCAUAUUCAAAUAACUACGAAUUAUUUAUUUUCUUAUUUCAUGUGAUUUCAUUCAAAUAUGAUGUUAUAUGAAAUGAUUUCAUGUAUUUAUGUAUAAUUCUGGUUAUUGCUUAAGCACCGUAUGUUUCGAGUUGGUGCUACCCAUUUUCGUUUUCGUGGGCUGAAAAUGAAUUUGGGAGACAGUAGUUCAGAAUUGGUUUACAAAAUUCGUGUAUUCAAAUAUACACAUUUAGGGUUCGAAUGUUUAUAGUGUUUCUUAAACAUUUCUAAGUAUUUUAAUCAUCAAAUGUAGAUCAAUGUUAAUGUAUAAAAUAUAAAGAUUGGACUUCGUAUACAACUGUACAAACAGAAUCUGAUGAAGCUGUAACAAAUUCUUUCAAUUUGUUUAAUCUAGUAUAUUUUCACGAAACUCUGGUUUGUAUUGAAUUUUUUUUUAUUCAUUUUAGUAAUGUAACUACGUUUGAGGUGAAUAAAAAGCAAAAUGAUUGUGAAAUUAUAUCUGAUACUCUAUUUAUUAGAGUGAAACUUGCUGGCCGAGUUUAUUUAAAAAACAUAUAUUCGUACAGCUUCAAAGAUUCAAUAGUUCAUUAGUUGCAUAAUUUUGUUUUUUCAUAAUAACCCAUAAGAGCCCAAAUAAUUUUUUUCAACUUCAACUAGUUUUUCAACAUAUUACUAAACUAAUACAAAAAGUAAAUUUUUUUUCUAUAUGAACGUUCAUUUAAAAAAAAACACGUGUUGCCAAAUGGCAACAUUAGACAAAAAUAAGUACAGAAUCCCAAUAAUUUUAGUAAAAAAGAAAAAAUUAGCUUUUCGUAUGAAAAAUAGGAUUGCAUUCUAUACAAAGUUCUACGUUUCACUUUUUACACAUUGUCCUCAUUACAGAGCAGCAUCCUUCAUCUGCACAUUAUUUCUUUUUUCUUUAUCUGGUACACUUAUCAGAAAGUGGUCGAGUCUCUGAUGUCAUUGCUUACCCUGUUAAGUGUAAUGCUAUUUAUUGAAGUACUAGGUCUUCCGGCAGAUUUAUGGGAAGUUCCAUACCUAGUUAAAUAUACUUGCACUAAUUCGCGUUCAAAUUCCAAUUAAGUCAUUGUUCUUCCACUAUUUCUGUGAAGUAACCAGGCAUUUGGAAUGGAAACGUCGAUUAACCUGGUGAAUAUGCACAAUACUCUGUAUCAAUUGAUAUUCUCGUCCAUCAAAUCGAUACUCCCCAUACCUUUAUUAUAUUCGCCGAUUACAUGUGGUCUAUUGAUAUGUAUGAUUUUUUCUUCAGUUUUUGCGUGCCGUUUUAUUAUCGAGGAGGGAUGGGUACCAAAACAGAUGCUCGCUAUGGUAACAACGUUGUUGUCUAGCCAUCUACUUAAGAAAACUCCUUUCUUUCGCUCUAGCGUACAUUCGUGCGCUCCUCUUUUAUAUUAUUUACUCAUGAUUUUUUUGUUAGGUAGACUAGCAGAUUGAAGUUUGUAAAAAGGUUAUCAAAGAAGAAGUUGUACGGCAAGUGUUUCUCCUUUGAUAUUUCUGUUAACAUUGAAACAAAUGGGGGUGUACAUUUACCAAAAAACUGCUUGUCUUCAGAACUGCAGAUUUUAUUUUUACCAUGGUACAUAUCACGGCUAACAAGAUAUCCAGAUGUAGCAUUGAUUCACCAAAUUUUAAAACCAAACCUGAUAGUUUUACCACGGAUGCAUUGCUUACUUGGAUAACUGCCAAAAUAUUUGAUUAUUGAUUCAUUAUAGUUUAGGUUUUGAUGGGGACAAAUUUUUUAAGAAACCUUUGAUUCAGCGUAUGGCCGUAAUUUAAAAAGCUUAUCGUUUUUAUCAACUGCGUUGUUACUCGUAUAUUGUAUAAAUUGUACAAAGUCGAUUUAUAUUGUGCAUAUCAACAAUAACUACCUUUUCCGGGGAGAAUGUUAUACCCACUAAGAACAAGAAGUCCAAUAAAGCAUUUCAGUUCAUCAACUGUGUUGUUUGGAUCAGCUUAGUUUUUAAAAAGUGCGUAAUCUCGUGUCUCUGAUGAAAAUGUUUGAAAACAUCCUCAUCGAACAACAGGAGACAUAAUAUUGGUUGUAGUCUGGUUCGGGCAAGGAUUUAGACGUAGGUUGAAGGUCGCCAACAGUCCAACGGUAAUUUUUUUCUACAGUAGCUGAAACUGAAAAUAGUGCUGUUUUUGAAGAUUUCAGUUUGAUCCGCUUCUGUGAUAUAUGGUUUUCCUUUAGUAUUGAUAUCGUUGGUUAUAUAUUCUUCAGUAGGACCAAUUCCGCACCAGCUGCUAAUUGGUGACCGGGAAGCCUAUCUAUGUUACAAUCAUUGUAAUCUUCAUCCCCCGAUUAUUCAUUAGUAAGAGAACUAGAUUCGAACCGUAUAUCCAUUUUUAUCGGCACGGCCACGAGGAGUAGACAAGACGUUAUACACAUCCAAGUAAAUAUAUAAGCUGCCAUCUAUCCAAUACUUUCCUGAUCCAAGCUAUUUUGAAAUUCGCGCUGUAAAAUUAUAUAUUUACUGUGGCUAUUUGGAAACACUAGGCCUUAAUGGGUUAGCCUACAUUUACAACAAAGGGUUAUGAGCUGAAUAAUGCACUAAAUUUUUAUAUAUUUUUUCGAUAGCUUUUGUUAUCUACUCUAAGACAUGAUACAAGUUUAGUACUUGUUUAGUUCACCUAUGUCUUCGAACAAUAAUGGUGAUCUUAAGAAUGCUGAGUAAUGUUAGUUAAAGUGUUUUUCUGGUAUGUCUAGGGUAACAUUAGACUUUUUGAACUCUAGGUGGUUUGGAGAAGUUCUCUCAAACUUCCUUUUGAUGGUUUGGAAUUGAUUUUACGCUAAAGCUUUUUAUAUAAAGACAAAGAAUUGUGUUUUGCUUGUGGAUAUAUGUAUGUCUGUGUUAAUGAAACUAAAGUAUCUUUUUGUUUCUGCACGGAUUGUGGAUCAUGCUUUUUUAUUUAAGAUUUGGUCAAGAAUUAAAUAUUUCAAAUUCUUGAGAAUGCUUUCAGCACUAUUCAAGUUCCAUAAUGGAUUGAUUAGUUUCAUAGAAUAUACUUGAAUUAAGUAUAAGGGUUUGAUGAGAUCAAAGGUCUAAUAGAAUAAGUGUGACGAAAUAUAUUAUGUCAAUAUUGAGGCACAUUAUGAUUUUUAUUUGACAUUAGACCACUAACUGAUUUGAUUAAAAUAUGAUAUUUUACUAAUUUCUAGACUUUUUAUAUUUAGGAUUGAACAAGUAAAAAUAGAAAAUACUCAGAAAUGGUUAAAUAACACUCUUAGUUGUAUCUUAUUCCAAUAUUUCAUGUAGAUAUUUUAACAAAUAAUAAUAUAUAUGAAAUACUUUGAAGUGUCCACAUUGUGAGUAACAUAGAAUAAUGUUGAAUACAUGUUAUAAUUGUUACAAUGAUUUCGGACCCUAAUAUUAAUCAAUAUUAUUAUUAUGUUAUAUCGUUUUUAAAGCUAGUAUUUGCUAACCAUUUUCUGACAAAAUGCAUGUAUAUUUAUAUAUUGUCAGUGAAUGAGAUAAAGUUAGUUGUUCUCUCUAGAUGCGAUGCAAUUCUGAUCUGCUGAUCAAUACACUUUUUUGGAGAUUGAUUUCAGUAUUCCAGGGGCUUUGAUUUUGUUUAUAGUGUAUUAAAUGUAAACAAACUUAUUAUGAGAUGGUAAUUGAAUUGUGUAAUAUGAUGAAUACUUGAUUUAUUAAUUUAUUAACUUGAAUGUUUGCGUUAUGAAAUUGCCUCCAAAAAGAAUUUGAAAUCAAUAAACAUUCUACACAAAUAAAAAAAUUGAGUUUUCUCUU